AUGUAUCUAUCUAUCUAUCUAUCUAUCUAUCUAUCUAUCUAUCUAUUAUGUAUCUCUGUCUGGUCAAAUCUAUCUAUCUAUAUAUCUAUCUAUCUACUAUGUAAUUCUAUAUCAUUUAUUUUCUGCAUCUUUUUGUUUGUUUGUCUCUUUCUUUUUAUCUUUAUUAUAUUUUCUCUGCAUCUUCUUUCUCUGUUUCUUUCUCACCCAAUUCUCAUUCUGUUAACCAUCUCUUUUUGCUUCAAUGUUUCUUUCAUUUUUUGUUUUCCUUAUUUUUCUGCAUCUUCUUUCUUUUUUUACUUUCUUUCUUUCUUUUCUUUCGUUCUUUUUAUCUUGCAUUUUCUUUCUUUUUCUUUCUUUUUCUUUCUUUUUCCUUUCUUUUCAUUUCUUUCAUCAUUCAUUCUUUUUUUUUCCAUUUGUCUUUUAAUUUUUCUUCCUGCCGUAAAAGUCUUUUUCCCACCUUUUUAUUUUAACUCUUCUUAUUUUUUCUUUGUUUUUCGAAUAUUUCUUCUUGAAACUUUCCAGCAUUUUUUCUUUCUUCAUUUUCUGUCUUUUUUCUACAAUGUCUUUCGAUUUCUUCACAUUAUCUUUGCCUCUUUCCCCUCAGAUUAG